AUGCAUGCAUUAGGGCCACGGGCCCUUGCCUCAGCCUCCCGAGUCUCUGCAUCGUCGAGGUUAGCGUUUUUGGCCGUCAAUCGCCGCCAGUGCCGACAUUUCCACCCAUCUUUCAGGUUACGGAAAGGUCCGCCGGAGACCGGUAGCGGCGCAGAUGACGGGAAGCCCCCGGAGAAGCCGUCAAGUGAGCAGGAUGACAGCAGCAAGAACCAGGAUGGAGUACGGUCCGAGUCGGCUGCGUCAGAAUCGGCAUUUCGUCGUUCGAGAGGCGGCGCGUUCGCCUCUGCGAGAGCGCGCCUUUCGAGACCGCGAGCUACCGACGAGCUUCCGCCCGUGAAGCUCCCGCAGGCCUUCAUUGAUAGCAGCGUUUCGCUUUAUGACCCCGAAGCCCGAAUUAAUACCCUUACGAAUGACCUGUGGCAUCAUCGGUACAUGGGCGCCCGCUGGCACGAUCUAUUGUGGAAGGAUUUAGACCUCGUGUUUAGCCAGGCCUCUUGGAACGAGACAAAGUUGCAGGAUGCGCUGCGCGGUUUGCGCGAGGGCAAUACCGAGCCUGUCGAGAGGAGAAAUCGGAUACUGGCAGAGGCAUCACAGUGGUUGAGCCUCUCCAUCGAUGAGAUGCGGUCAUCAAACAGCCUGCAGAGUUCUCGCGAGCCAUUGCCAACGACCGAGUUCGCCGACAUGCUUCGCUACUCCAACAAAUUUGUCCUGUCCAAUCUUCUAUCUCAGCAUACAAGGGAAACAAACCAGAGCGAUCCGAUUGAACACCAAUCAACCGGCCAAGACAGUGUUCUUCAAUCGCUGGUCGAGCAAUACAUCGAGGAAGGAAAGCCAAAGUCGAGACGUGAUGGACUGCGGUUGUUCGAUCCCAGGAUUCGGGGUGAAAUCGUUACGGCGGUUCGAGCAGAACUUGCGUUGCAACCCGAGGGAGGCAUGGCUGCAAGAGAACUCAAGAGGCCUCUUACUGUUGUCAAUAUUCCGAACUACACCGGGCGAAGCCACACUAGGAAACUGAUGAAACAUGUUGCUUCGUGUGUGGAAGCCGACAUAAUCCAUCUCGAUGCGCAGGACUUGGCUAUACUAGUAGGUGACUAUUUAGGGCAAGACUGUGCCUAUUCUCGAGGCUCAAUUUCGAUGUUGGGUUACAGAGCAGCGGAAAUGAACGGGCGUUUGGCCAAGUCUGAAGAGCCGGCUAAGCCCAGCGAGGACGAUCUCUCAGGGGAGAUUGAGGCGGCCUGGGUUAACCUCAGCGAACACGGAGUUCGAGGAGGCUACAACAGCCCUUUAGAUGACGAGCUUCAAAAAAUCAAAGACGGCGCCAAGGACUAUGUUCUCCCCUCGGUUGACCGCUGGGAGAAUCUGAAAAUCAACGCUGUACUCGAGGAGGUUGCCAACUCAGCUACGAGGAUGACAUUACAGCCGGACCGAAGUCUCAUCAUCCACGUUGACGACUUCGUCGAGCUCAACAUGACGCUCGAGGGAGCUCUCAUCAUCGGCAGAUUGCGUUCCAUCGUUGACACUAUGUGGCGGGCUGGCAAGAGAGUCACACUCGUUGGUACGUCAUCCAACGAGAAUCCCUCUGACCAAUAUGCGACGACACUCAAGGAAAUCGCGGCUGAGGAGUGUGUGAUUCCUCUGCCGUUGAACUUCCAGCGGAUAACCAACGCCAGCAACACAAAGAAAAUCUAUGAAGCCAACGACUAUCUGCAAGAAAACCUACGCAACAUUCAGCACAUGCUGAGGACGAUAGCUGGAAACUCGCCUGACACGAGCAAGCUGCGCAUAGUUGGUGUAUCCAAGUCAUCACCUCCUGAGUACCUCCUCGAUGACACUGAAGGGUCCUACAUGGAGGUGUCACUCGUCCCCCGCGUUCUGGCUACCUCCAUCUUGCCACUCUCUGACGUCUAUCACAUCACUCGACUAUUCUACGCAUGCCAAGGCUCUGUGAGUCCCGAGCAGUCAUGGAGAGUGCUCUUUGAUGUCGUCGAAUCCAGCAGCUAUAGCACCGCCCAGAUGCACCGCCCUCAAGACAAGCCUACACGUUCCAAACCCUCUGUCUCUUCUUCCGAUACCCAACGACCCGAACCCGAGCGUCUCCGUGUAUCGGGCAAUUACAAUGAAUUUGAGAAGAAGCUUCUCAGUGGCCUUGUCAACAGCAACGAGAUCAAGACGACUUUCAACGACGUCCACGCCGACCCCGAGACAAAAUCAGCCCUCAAGCUCCUUACUUCUCUCUCCCUUGUCCGUCCGGAGGCUUUCACCUAUGGCGUCCUUGCUACGGACAGGAUACCCGGCUGCCUCCUUUACGGCCCACCAGGAACUGGCAAAACACUGCUGGCCAAAGCCGUCGCCAAGGAGAGUGGCGCCAACAUGCUCGAAGUCAGCGGUGCGAGCAUUAACGACAUGUACGUCGGCCAGAGUGAAAAGAACGUCCGCGCUCUGUUCUCUCUCGCCAAGAAGCUCUCGCCCUUGGUUAUCUUCAUUGAUGAGGCCGACGCCCUGCUGGCUGCUCGUGGGCAACGCAACCGCGCCGCGCACCGCGAGACGAUCAAUCAAUUUCUCCGCGAAUGGGACGGUAUGAACGACACAAAAGCCUUCAUCAUGGUGGCUACGAACCGACCCUUCGACCUAGAUGACGCCGUGCUUCGUCGCCUUCCCCGGAAAAUCCUUGUCGAUUUACCCCUGAAGCAGGACCGUGCCUCUAUCCUGCGCAUCCUUCUCAAGGGUGAGAACCUCGACGAGUCGGUGUCCAUUGACGACGUCGCCCGCCAGACUGUCCUUUACUCUGGUUCUGACCUGAAGAACCUCUGCGUUGCGGCCGCCAUGACUGCGGUCCAGGAGGAAAGCGAGGAGGCGGCGCGACACACUGGCCCUGAGCUGUACGUGUUCCCGCCAAAGCGAACUCUCAGGAAACAUCACUUCGACAAGGCUCUCAAGAUGAUUGCGGCUAGUGUCAGCGAGGACAUGGACAGCCUCAAGAGCAUCCGCCGGUUCGAUGAGAAGUAUGGCGACGUGAGGUCUAAGAACAGCCAGAAGCGUCGCGGCAUGGGUUUCGGUGUCAUCCCAACUUCGAAUGACGCGGAGGAGGCCAGGGUGCGGCAGGCUGUUGUGUAA